UCAUUGUUAUCAGUUGUUUAUAAAACGCAAUGCAUACUCUCACGGUGUCUCAGAACCACAAAAAAUGAACGAAGACCCAGCUCUGUACUCAAAAAACUGCCAAAUACAAAAAUUUGACGCCACCCACUUCCUCCACACUUAUUUAAACCAGUUGAACCUGAAAGACGACGCCUCAAUUUUGGACGUGGGUGCUGGCGACGGCACAGUCACCCUCGAAGUGAUAAUCCCCAACUUACCACCCUUCACUAAACUCGUGGUUUCCGACAAAUCCGAAAAAAUGGCCAACUUCGCCAGAGCGAGAUUCAACGACCAGCGGAUCGAAGUCGUCAGGAUGGACAUCAGCGACAACCACGACAACGUUUACAAAAAUCACUUCGAUCACGUCUUGUCGUUUUAUUGUUUGAAUUUAGUCCCAGAAGAGAGGAGCCCACAAGCCAUGCGCAACAUUUUCACAAUGUUAAAGCCUGGAGGAAAUCUGUUUGCCACUGUCAUAGUCGAUUCGGCUCUGUUUGAAACCUGCGACAACAUGAUCAAGAAGCAAAACUGGCCCGCGGCUAUGGUACCUUUCAAAAAAAAUCCAUAUCGAGGUGUCGACAAUCCUGAAAAGAAGCUGAGAUUUUUUUUGGAGCAAGCUGGUUUUGAUGUUCAAUUUUGCAUGUUUGAGGAAAGAACUUACACUUUCGAUGGGUUUAGGCAUUUUUUGGAUUUUGCGUUGGCGAUAGUACCUGUAUUGAACGUGGCUUCGCAAAAUAAACAAGUGGAAUUUAUUGAAGAUUUUACAGAAGAGGUGAAGAAAGCUGACAAGCUGUCUAUAAAGGGUAGCGGUGAUGGGGAAAAAGUUGUCAUGUUUUAUAGUGUUCUGGUGGUUUGUGCGUCAAGAGCUUAAAAAAGAUCAUGUUUUUGUAGUCGUUUACAUUAUUAAUGUUUUUGUUAAAGAAUGUCUGCAAUUAUCAAGGUCAGAUUAAACACAUGCACUUUAAAGCAAUUACGCAAGCGUCUUGUUAUCAGUAUUUUGUUGUUAUCAAUUCCUGUAAUAUCGCAAUGCACAUUCCCAAGAUAAGCUGUCUCAGAACAACAAAAAUUGGUCUAAAGACUUUAGACAGUACUUCCCUCGCUGUCGAAAACGUCAUCAACAUUUUUACAGAAGUAUUAAUUUAUUAUUUGCCUUACAGGCUUAAUAAUAUUCCCAGUAGGGGUACAAAUU